AUGGAGCGGCUCCGGAAAGAGGUGCGGGACCUGGGGGGCGCCAUUGCGGACGCACAGGAAACGGCGCAGCGCCUCGACGGCUCGCUGGAGGAGGCACAGAGCCGGCGGUGGGUGGAGCUUCAGCGAGGGGCGGAGCUUCGGCUGCUGGGGCGGAGCCGGGCCUGGCUGGGCUGUGGGACAGCCACGAGGGGGCGGCCGGGCCAGUCCCGGGAGGAGCUGUCGGCCAUCUUGGCCGCAGGGGCGGAGCCAAAAGUGCUGGUGUCAAUCAAGGCCCUCAGCAAGGCCAGGGAGGCGGAGCUCCAGAGGCCACGCCCACACAGAGCUGCCAAUCACCCCGGGAAGGCUCAGGGGGCUCCAGAUUGGUCGGAACAGGCUGAGGCUGUACUGAUUGGCCAAGGCCCAGAGGCGGUGCUUUGGGCGCUGGAGGUCCUGGCCAAUCAGAGCACAAGAGAUCUCCUGGCUGGCCCCACCCCCUCAGCCAAGGCCCCGCUUUCCCUGAAGAGCCUCCUGCAGGAGUGCUGGGGGGCCAUGGGGGAGGUGUGGGGGGCGCUGCCCCCCCUCCUGUCCCACCUGUCCCACCUGAGGGGGCAGCUGGGACGCACCUGGAGCAGUGGACGGGCAACAAUGAAGUCAUCAG